GUUGUGUUAAGCAAAGAUACAUUGGCCUUUGUCAUUGAUAUUAUGGAAGAUGUGUGCGACAAUGCAAAAUCAGCCAAUCCAGAUGACGUUCUAAUAAAAGAAAACGAGAAACCUAGCGAUGCGGAAGACUCUGGCAAUCAUGAUAUUGGAUCAGCUGAUGUGAGCACUCUGAAUGAACCGGAAGCGAAUGGUGCUGAUCAAACGGUCCGUAAAGGAUGCCGUGUUCAACUGCAGAAUCUUCCUCGAUUUAUGGGUUUUAAACAGUUCAAGACAUUCCUCGCCAAAAAUGUCGGGAAAGAGUCUGUGAGGAAGAUUCGGGUCACAUCCGAUACGGCCUACUUCUCGAUGGCCACUCCAGAGGAGGCAUUGGAAGCUGUGCGAAUUCUGAACGAUUGCACAAUCAAGAAAUCGAAAAUCAGCGCUAAAAUCGUCAACGAUGAGCCACCGAAAGGCAGAGAUAUUCAACGAAGCAAUGCCGAUGAAUGUGCAUCAGCAGUUCAAAAGACUGCUCGAGAGAUUGUGACACCAUUUGCUGAUGUGGAGUACAGCGAGCAGUUGCAGUACAAAAUGGCUAAUGCAAGUCGAUUGACGAAAUCGCUCAUUAAUAUGAUGAAAUUCGCCAACAUUAAAGCUGCAUACUCGAUGAACCCAUCCCAUCUCAUCAAACCAAUUCGUCGAUCGCCUCAAAUCGAAGGCUAUCGUAACAAAUGUGAAUUCACGAUUGGUCACGAUUUGGACGAAGCCGUUUGUGUGGGUUUUGUUGGUGGUCGAUUUUCGGCGAGUAAACACUACGUGGUACCGAUCGACACGUGCACGAAUAUCUCUGAACGCAUGAAGAAUAUUGUCUCGGAAUUUCAACAGUUCGUUGCGAAGAGUGGUGAAGAGGUCACUGGUUUCCAUUGUGUUGCACCAAUACAUCGAUAA